GUGGCACCCCUGGUAGUUUUUAUUCGGGUUUCCGUAAAUAAAAUUACGUCUAAAAUGGAAAUGAAGUCGCAAAUUAUGAUGCGCUUUCUGCGUUGUCACAUUUGCUCCGAAACUUUAGUGGACCCAGUGUCUUUAAACUGCAAUCAUAGCUUUUGCAAGAGCUGCCUUAUUCAGUACUUGAACCAAGCCGAGUGCCGAAACUGCGCGGUGUGCAAGAGGGAACUUCCCAAGGAAACUCCAGGAAUCAACAUCUCUCUCAAAGAACUUGCAGAUGCUUUUGCAGGAAGACCACAACUUGAUAAAACCAAAAAACAAGAUGUCGUGUGCGGUAAACAUCCAAAGAAACCAACGUGGUUCUGCGUGGACGAGGGCGUUACAUGGUGUGAGGAGUGUCAACAUCCACUUCAGCACGCUGGUCAUCAGCUGAAACGUGUGAAAGAGGCGGUGGAGAAAGUAAAGACUAAAUUGCACUCCAGCCUUGAGCUUAUGGAGGCACAGCUUGACGACUGUAUCUACGCAGAUGACGUUUACAAGGACAUGGUGAAACAUAUGGCGAGCCAGAGGGCUGCCACUGAGAGAAGGAUACAAGAGGAGUUUGAGCAGCUUCAUCAGUGGCUGAGAGAGGAAGAGGAGGCCAGACUCACAACAGUCAGGGAGGAAGAGGAGGAGAAGAGGAAGCUGAUUGAUCGAGAGCUGGACAUCAUUCAGGGCCAGAUGUUGGCUCUAGAGAAUUCUAUUCAUCAAGUCGAAAAUGACUUAAAACAGGACAAUCUGUCAUUUCUGAAAGAUUAUAAACGCACAAUAAGCAGAGCCCAAUGCCUUCUGCAGGACCCUCAGCUGCUCUCAGGUGCGCUGAUAGACGAAGCCAAACACCUGGGCAACCUCAAGUACAGAGUCAGCAAGAAGUUGCAGGAGAAAGUGCAGUACACUCCUCUGCUUUUGGACCCCAACACAGCCGCAGGCUGGGUGGCCUUGUCCGAAGACCUGACCAGUGUCAGAUACAUGACACCCAAGAAGGAUCUGCCUGACAACCCGGAGCGCUUCAUGGAACAUGCCAUUGUCCUGGGUUCCGAGGGCUUCACCUCAGGCAAGCACAGCUGGGAGGUGCAUGUUGGGGACAGGGUCAAGUGGGUUAUCGGCGUUGCCCGGGAGACAGUCGACAGGAAGGAGGACUGCUACCUCAAGCCCCAGUAUGGGCUCUGGGCCAUCUGGAAGCAUGGGGAGGAGUACCAUGUGACGGGAAAGACGCUUUCGGUGCAGAGCGCCCCCAAGAGGAUUAGCGUGGAGCUAGACUACGAGAGGGGCCACGUGUCGUUUUACGACUCCAGCGACAUGUCCCUCCUAUUCCGAUACAAAGACAGGUUCAAGGAGAAAAUGUUUCCUUAUUUUAAUACACAGGUGGACAUGAGUGAGUCACCCUUACAGCUGUGUCCAAUCAAGGAGUGCCAUGCAGAAAUCAGCAACAUUUAAUACAGUUUAGCACUUGAUCACAAUGUGCUAUGUGGCUUGAUGGUGUUUUAUGCCCCCAAUGUCGUCUUCCAGGCAGCGCUGCCACCGCUGACUUACCUUACCCUAA